UGAAAAGAAUUCCUUUAACUCAAACGUUCCAUUAGAAUUUUACAAAAUAAGCAUGUACAAACUAAGUUACUUUAUUUUACUUGCAACGGUUAUUUUGGUUAGUGGACGCACAGCCUUCGAUGACAUCCUUGGCGAGGAAUGGCAAUUAUUUAAGCUUCGAUUUGCCAAAGUGUAUCAAACCAAAUUAGAAGAACUUCAUCGGAAUAAAAUUUUCCUAAGAAACAAACUGGAAAUCAUCCAGCACAACAAUUUGUACGAACUGGGUCAGGUAUCUUUUCAAUUAGGUCUAAACGAGUAUUCUGACCUGGAAUACAGUGAGUUCAUUACCAGAAUGAACGGUGGAAAAAACACUAGCAUUAUCAACAUCCACCAAUUUCAAUAUGAAGCUGCAACAUUCAUAAAACCUGACAUCGAUGUACCAGCAUCGGUUGAUUGGUCGAAAAAAGGCGCUGUGACAGCCGUAAAGAAUCAAGCUCAAUGCGGUUCUUGCUGGGCCUUCUCAUCCACUGGAGCUUUAGAGGGUCAAUAUUUUCGUAAAACUGGUAAACUAAUUUCCCUGUCCGAACAAAAUUUGGUUGAUUGCACUCGAAAUUACGGAAAUAAUGGGUGCGGUGGUGGAUGGAUGGGCUCCGCCUUUAAAUACAUAAUGAACAAUGGUGGCAUCGAAACUGAACAGUCAUAUCCGUAUGAAGCUAAAGAUGCUAACUGCCGUUAUGACAGUCGAUACAAUUCUGGAGCGACAGUGAAGGGAUCUGUGGGCAUUCAGCAAGGCGAUGAGAAUGCUUUGAAAAUGGCUGUGGCAGCAAAUGGUCCGAUUGCGGUUGCUAUUGAUGCGUCUGUCAGUACAUUCGGUCAUUAUAGCGAAGGCGUAUACUUUGCUUCACAAUGUGACCCAGCGAAAUUGACUCAUGCGGUACUCGUUGUCGGUUACGACACUACGGCAAAUGGUCAGGAUUAUUGGAUUGUCAAAAAUUCAUGGGGAACUAGCUGGGGACAGGCAGGAUACAUUUUCAUGGCCAGAAAUAAGGGAAACAAUUGUGGUAUUGCAACGGCAGCCAUUUUUCCAUUAGUUUAAUGUGUAGUGCAACCAUUUUUCAAUUUAAGUCAAAAAUGUUGUUAUUUUGUCUGCCUCUAGAUGCUAGCAUUUCCGAAUAUAUUUUC